AAACCUUGGUCUUGAAUCAAAAUGGAAAAAUAUGAGACCCUAGGCUUGGUUGGAGAAGGGAGUUAUGGAAUGGUGAUGAAGUGUAGGAAUAAAGAUAGCGGAAGAAUUGUAGCCAUCAAGAAGUUCUUAGAAAGUGAUGAUGACAAAAUGGUGAAAAAAAUCGCUAUGCGAGAAAUCAAACUACUAAAGCAACUCAGACAUGAAAAUCUGGUGAAUCUUUUGGAAGUGUGUAAGAAGAAAAAACGAUGGUACCUAGUCUUUGAAUUUGUCGACCAUACAAUGCUUGAUGAUUUGGAGCUCUUUCCAAAUGGACUCGACUAUCAACUAGUUCAAAAGUAUUUGUUUCAGAUUAUCAAUGGAAUUGGAUUUUGUCAUAGUCAUAAUAUCAUACACAGAGAUAUAAAGCCCGAGAAUAUCUUAAUCUCGCAGUCUGGUGUUGUCAAGUUAUGUGAUUUUGGAUUUGCGCGCACCCUGGCAGCUCCGGGCGAGGUUUACACUGAUUAUGUGGCAACCCGGUGGUACAGAGCUCCAGAGCUAUUGGUCGGUGACGUCAAGUAUGGCAAGGCAGUUGAUGUGUGGGCCAUUGGCUGUCUGGUAACCGAAAUGCUCAUGGGGGAGCCCCUCUUUCCUGGAGAUUCUGAUAUUGACCAACUCUAUCAUAUUACAACCUGUUUAGGUAAUCUAAUCCCAAGACAUCAGGAGCUGUUUUAUAAAAAUCCUGCAUUUGCUGGAGCAAGGUUGCCCGAAAUCAAGGAAGCAGAACCUCUCGAGAGACGCUAUCCCAAGCUCCCUGAAGUUGUAAUAGACUUAGCAAAGAAAUGCUUGCAUAUUGAUCCAGACCAAAGGCCCUUCUGUGCUGAACUUUUACAUCAUGAUUUCUUUCAUAUGGAUGGAUUUGCUGAGAGAUUUUCCAGGGAACUACAAUUAAAAGUACAGAAGGAUGCCAGCAGUACUACUUUAUCUAAAAAAAUUCAAAACAGAAAGAAGGAAAAAGAUGAUUCCUUUGGCGAAGAGAAAAAAACAUUCAUUGUACAGGAUACCAAUGCUGAUCCCAAAGUUAAGGAGUCCAAAGUAUUUAAACUAAGAGGACCUAAUAUUGAUGGAGAGAAAGCUGAAAAGGUCCGUCGCAUCCCCAAUGCUGCCUGUCUUCAGGACAAUUGGACAGGCCACAUGAAAGCAGCACCUUCAACAAACCUCAAAGCUGGCAGCUGUGGCCCGGUGGAUAACACAAGAAAUGCCAGCAUGGCAAUUCCGCUCCUGACACACAACCUUUCUGCAGUGGCUCCUGCUUUUAACUCUGUGCUAGGGACUGUUUCGGGAGUUCAAACUUACAGAAUGAAUGAUAAAACCAAGAAGUACUGUAUUCCGUUUGUUAAACCAAAUAAGCAUUCUCCGUCAGGCAUUUAUAAUAUGAAUGUGACCUCCUCAGUCACCAGUGAAAAGAAUGUUCUUCAAGCAAAUAAGAAAAGAAGAGAAUACUCAAAGACAGAUGUCCGUUUGCCUGAACUAAACUAUAAUCAUCUUCCUGAACUAAGAGCUUUGGAAGGUUUAGCUCGACAGUCCAGGUUAAUAAGGAAAGAGAACAGAAAUCUUUCAGAAUCUCGAAUUCCCUCUCUGGCCACUCUUGAACUUCAUGCAUCAAGUAUUGCAUUAUAUCAGGUAUCAAGAUCUCCUCUCUCAGAUAAUCCAGAGGCUGAUUUACCUCGGAUGGAACACCAACACUGAAUAUCAGUUUGGUUCUAAACCAG